CUCCUCAACAUGGACGAAACCUCAACCUUUGAUCACGGCGCGAUCGCCCACCGUCGAGCGCGCUGACCAUCUUGAGUAUUCAACCGUCAACUAACACAAUCAUCGAGCCUAUCCAUCCAUCGCGCCUUCAAAUAACUCACCAGAACCCCCUUACGCACCUACUCCCUCCCAUCAACCCCCCGCCCACCUUCAAAAUGCAAGGCUUCAACAUGGGCCGCUACGUCCCCCCAGACCUCGAAGGCCUCCUCACCUCAGGCAACCCCCUCCACAAAAAACAUCCCCUCGGCCCCCGCGCCUCCAAACCCGGCCUCCUCACCGUCCGCUUCGAGAUGCCCUUCCCCAUCUGGUGCGCCACCUGCCCCCAACCAACCCUCAUCCCCCAAGGCGUCCGCUUCAACGCCUCCAAGUCUCGCUCCGGCUCCUACCACACCACCCCAAUCUACACCUUCACCCUCCGCCACCCCCCUUGCUCCGGCACCAUCACCAUCCAGACCGACCCCAAAAAUACAGACUAUGUCGUCCUCUCGGGCGCCCGGAGACAAAACGUCGCUACCUCGACUGAUGAUUUAGUCACGACGAGCAUCAAGACGCAGAGGGAAAAGGAAGAGGAGAGGGAGACGGCGUUUGGGAAGCUGGAAAAGACGAUUGCGGAUAGGGAGCAGGCGAGGGAUGCGACGGUUAGGAUAGAUGAGUUGCGGGAUAGUAAUGAGAGGCUGUGGGAGGACCCUUUUACUGCCAACAGGAGGUUGAAGAGGGAGAUUAAGGCUGACAGGAUGAGGGAGAGUUUGGUGGAGGAGAUUAGGACAAAUACCAGGGCGAUGAAAGACCCGUUCUUGGUUGCUUUUGGGGACAACAAAAGCAGCAGGGACAAGGGGGGUGGUUUGCUUCCUGGGUUGAAGAAAAGGAAGCGGGGGGCUGAGGAUGAGGGUGAGAAACCGAUACCGGCACCGGCACCGACGCAGCCAGAAGAUACCCUCGCUGGAGGUGGCAAAGGGGAGCUUAAGCCGACAGCACCUGCAGGGCAGCGUGCUCUACUCGUGAGUUACGACUCUGACUCGGCUUAACUCCCGGAGGGACGCGGAAAAGGUUUGCAUUUUGUUUUAUUUGCAUAGCAUAGCGAUGAUACCCCAUACUCAUGAAAAGAUUGAUUGUUGUUCGC